GAAAAUCGAAACAUUAUGAUGGACUAUAUAAGAUGUCCUGCUGAUUAUUACAAACCAAGGUUUGAGUCAAUCGUAAUGGAUGAAAAGUCUGAAGGUCCACCAAAACGUGGAAGAAAGAUCUCUUCGACGUCACAACAAAGCAACGACGGUCAAUCUUGGCAACAUGAUAUGUUGAUAGCUCUGAGAAACAGUGCUAUUCCUGAACCAAUAAGGAUUGCUUGCAUGAAAGGAAAUGUCGUUGGCCCCCCAUAUUUUGGUGAAGUCUACCAUGGUAUGUUAUCCAGAGAUGAGGUCACUGAGUUGCUAUCCGGAGGGAAUGGUCGGUAUCUUGUGAGAGAAAGUCAAAGUUCGCCCGGAGAUCAUAUAUUGUCAUUUAGCUCAAAUGGCAAUAUUCUACAUUACAAAUUGUUUUAUGAACAUAGCACUGCCAAAUUCUUCACUGAAUCAGAUGACAAAACUUACAAUUCUCUAACAGAACUGAUGGUUGACAUUUUGGAAAUGUUGAGAGUAAUCCACAACUAUGCAGGUCAGAAAAAUGGAAGUUUUAAUGAGCCUAUAUUGACUAGCAAAAAGUCUUCUUCAGUUGGUAAGCCCCAUAACUUUAGAAUACAUCAGUACAUGCAUCCAAAGUGGUGUGAUAUAUGUCAUGCUUUUAUGUGGGGAUUAAUGCACCAAGGUAUGAAGUGUCAAGAUUGUGGGCUGAAUGUACAUAAACAUUGCGUUAAAAAUGUUGACAGUAACUGUACUUCUUGUGCAGUUUUUACAAAAACUCGACUGCUUAGUAGAAACAAACGACGUGGGCGGUCAUCAGUUAAAGAGCAAUGUAAAACCAAUGAGCUAUAUGCUGUUCUUGAAGAGCACAUUCACUGCAGCUAUCAGUUAGAAUGUCUCAAAUAUUUGUCAAGCCUUGGACAGCCAAUAGAAAAGUUUGACUUGACAACCUUGAUGAAUCCUUGCUACUGCGAUAACUGUUGUCAGUUAAAGGACUUAGACACUCCUCUCUGCAAGACUGGCACACCCCCAAAAGCAUAUUCCCUGCCUUUAGGUUGGUGUCGAUUUAAACUAAGUGUUUCGAAGGAAAUCUUAGAUGAAGUUACAACGUGGAAUGUUGCUUACUGUUCAAUUUCCAUUGACAUGUUCCCUCAUAUACUACAGAAUGGCUUUGGCAGAAAAUUUGAUUUCAUGUGCCCAGAUGGCAAGGUUUUUAUAAAACUUACACCAUCAAUAAUUUGUGCUGACCUUGAUUCAUCAUCUGUUGAGUACAGUGACAAUGAUUCUAGUGAGGUAAAGAUAGCCAAAAUUGCACUGCAGGUUUAUGUAAAACCUGGAUCAUUUCAAAGCAUGAGACGUGUGGGAGAGUUACCAUCUGAUGAAAUUGAUCCAUAUUUUUCGAGCAAAGACAUCUACUGGAUUGUAAGAGAAGACGAAGCAGUUGUCCCAUUUGGGGUUUUGAUAAAAAGAAUGAGAACAAACUGUAGCAGUUCCUAAAGAUUAAAAAACUCUGUAUGUAAUUUAUAACAUGUUAAACAAUUAAUGUAUAAUGAAACACUGAAAAUUCUUGUGUAAUUAUUUUAGCACAAUAAAUAGGUAUUUCGACUA